UGCUAGCUACUGUACCCACAGUGAAAGCUAGCUAGCUAGCGAUUAACCCACCUAGUUCAUAACAGCAAGCGUUAACGUUACAUCACUUUCGGUGUCUUACCUGGGAAAUAGCGGCCUAAAAGGAGCCAGCGCUUCCCACUUCAUGCAAUAACUAUUAGGUGUACUGACAUUAGUAUGACACAUUGAUCAGUCAGGCUAAAACACGAGAGCGAAAGUUGCAGUGACUAAACAAUUUUGUUUUAUCGAAGCGGCUGUCAAGACGCGACUGAUUUCAUCGUGCCCAGGUUUUGACACAAAAGACGAGUUAUGUCCUGUCCAUGCACUUCGGCUGCCAGGUUGUUCUUUAACACUGCCCACAGAGGAUUGUCCUGCUCUCGGACCCAUUUGUUUUCUGUGGGUCGUCAGGGGUCUCGGGAAACUCAUUUAUAUCCAUGGGUACGGGUGAGGUCAUUUUCAGAGACCACAGUCUGCUAUUCUUCUAAAGAUGGGACCACAAAGGACAAUGGAAGUGAUGGUGUAAAGAAAAACAUCAGUGAGGGGAAGAGAUUAUCUGGCUCUGGAGGAUCAGGCAAGGGGGGAAGCCAGCUGCGCUGCCCUAAAUGUGGUGAUCCCUGCACACAUGUCGAGACCUUUGUUUCAUCAACUCGAUUUGUCAAAUGUGAGAAAUGCCAUCAUUUCUUUGUGGUUCUGUCUGAAACGGACUCUAAGAAGGGGCUAAACAAAGAGCCAGAAUCUGCUGCGGAGGCAGUGAAACUGGCAUUUGCACAAAAACCCCCACCUCCGCCUAAGAAGAUAUAUGCUUACCUCGACAAGUAUGUUGUUGGCCAGUCCUAUGCAAAAAAGGUGUUAGCAGUUGCAGUGUACAAUCACUACAAACGCAUCUACAACAACAUCCCUGCUGGAAGUCGACAGCAAGUUGAGGUGGAAAAACAGCCCUCUCUUACACCUCGUGAGCUAGAGAUGAGAAGACGAGAGGAUGAGUACAGAUUCACAAAGCUGCUGCAGAUCGCAGGGAUCAGUCCUCAUGGGAAUGCUUUGGGAGCGUCCAUGCAGCAGCAGGCGAGCCAGCAGGCACCUCAGGAGAGGAGGGGCGGAGAGGUCCUGGACUCCACACACACUGACAUUAAACUGGAGAAGAGCAACAUCAUCCUUCUAGGUCCAACUGGCUCAGGAAAAACAUUGUUGGCACAGACACUGGCACGUUGUCUGGAUGUUCCCUUUGCAAUUUGUGAUUGCACCACAUUAACUCAAGCUGGAUACGUGGGAGAAGACAUCGAGUCAGUUAUUGCCAAACUGCUGCAAGAUGCCAACUACUCAGUGGACAAAGCACAGCAAGGUAUUGUGUUCCUGGAUGAGGUUGAUAAGAUUGGCAGUGUGCCUGGAAUCCAUCAGCUGAGAGAUGUAGGAGGAGAGGGAGUCCAGCAGGGGUUGCUUAAACUCUUGGAAGGUACAAUUGUUAAUGUCCCUGAGAAAAACUCCAGGAAACUGAGAGGAGAAACAGUUCAGGUAGACACAACAAACAUUCUGUUUGUUGCAUCUGGUGCCUUCAACGGACUUGACAGAAUCAUUAGCAGAAGAAAGAAUGAAAAGUAUUUGGGUUUUGGAACUCCCUCCAACCUGGGGAAAGGGCGCCGUGCUGCGGCUGCUGCAGACUUGGCUAACACCAGCGGUGAGACGGACACGGUGGCAGAGAUAGAAGAGAAGGACAGGCUGCUGAAACACGUCGAGGCCAGGGACCUGAUUGAGUUUGGAAUGAUCCCAGAGUUUGUUGGCCGUCUGCCUGUGGUUGUUCCUCUGCACAGCCUCGAUGAAGACACGCUAGUCCGAAUCUUGACUGAACCACGCAAUGCUGUGGUGCCCCAGUACCAGGCUCUGUUCAGCAUGGACAAAUGUGACCUUAAUGUGACUCAGGAUGCCCUGAGGGCCAUAGCCAGGAUGGCUCUGGAGAGAAAAACUGGAGCUCGCGGGCUCAGAUCCAUCAUGGAAAAGCUCCUUCUGGAGCCCAUGUUUGAGGUGCCACAUUCUGACAUCAUAGUUGUCGAGCUGGACAAAGAUGUUGUCCAAGGAAAAGCACAACCCAGAUAUAUCAGAGCUCCGGCCAAGGAGUCUACAGAGGAAGAAUAUGACUCAGGCAUUGAGGAAGACAACUGGCCACGGCAGGCGGAUGCUGCUAACAACUGAAACACAUCACUCAUUUCACCUACAGAUCAUCUUUGAGAUCAUUAGAUUACUAUGGACCUUUGGAUACCAACUCUGGGUUUUAUGAUAGCCCCCUGACAAAUAAGCUGUGGCCAUUGUAUCAAGGGUAAUGAAGGCUGGUGGUUCUGACUAAGGAGUGGUUUCAUCAUGAACAAGUUCAGUGUUUGUAACAAGCUUUGGUCCCAUGCAUCAGAUGUUAAGCCUCUAGCAGUGCACUGGCAGGGUGGACCUUUAUAAAAUAUUUCAAUCUCUGGGGAUUGUUAACAUUUUAUCUAUAUAAAGAUAAUGCAAUUUUAUUCAUGAGAGGAUUUGUAGCUAGUUGAUUUGUUGUUGUUUUUUUGUGGUGAUGGGCUGUCAUGGCAAGGGAGGCAAAUGUUUUGGGAUCAUACUGUACACUUGAAAACGUGGGGUGCUGAGCAAGUGUAGAUGUGACGUUACCAUGUCAAGUAAUGCCUUAUAUAUCAUAAGGGCAUAAUAUUCCUUGAGCACAUCAAUAUUUUGAUGUUUUCUUCUUUACCACCAUUGUAAUAAUGGUGUUCACAGUAAAAUCGGGCUGUAAAUGUUGAGCUGUGCUGCAUUUGUAUGCAGUUUGUAUGACAUGACCUCUAAUAGGGAGAACACAUUGUGACAUGUAAUGCACCAGCACACUAAACAGAGCAGAUGAAGAAUAAUGGUGACCUUUUUAAACAACCAGAAUGGUUAUUUUUCAGUGUUUUGCUUCCUCCUUUAGCCCACUCAUUAGGGAAUGUAUAUGUGUUUACUUACAGACCUCUGCGACUGGAUCAGAGGGCUGUCUCACAAAGCGGGAUAAGCAGGUUAGCCACUAAGUGUUUCCGUUUUGGACUAACUUUCCUAUUUCCUAUUUACAUGACUGAAUCGCAUUCUUAAACUUGACAUUAAAGCUUUAUUGUCCACGUUCAUAUCAUUAUCAAACAGAUCGUCCCGUCACAGUUAGCUGGAUGCUGCUCUAAACCCGCUUUGUGAGAACCCCCUCAGAACAGCGCAGGUGUCUUUACUUUUUUUUUUAUUUUUUUGUGCGUACCCCAGCAUUGCUAAAACUCACUUGACCUUUUGGUGACAAAACAUUUUGUUAUUAAAAGGUACCUCAGUACAUGUUUGUAAUCAAGCCUUCAUCUAAAAUGCUCUCAGACUGAACUGAACCGCGCUGCUGUACUGCUCAAAAAAAUGCUGUUUGUGCUAUGAAAUAAAAUUAAACUAGAUCUGUUCUC